AUGACAAUAGUAAAACUAGAAAAACGUAUCGUGUGUGAAAGUGACUCAGCUAAUAUAGUACGUGAUCUACAUAGUUGUUCAAUCAAAACGUAUCCUGCAGCAGUAAUCCUGAAACAAAUAAAAACGUUAGAAUUUGUGUAUGUUCAUUUGAUUGAUGCAAUGCAAUUUCAACAUAAUCAACUGGGUUAUCCAAAUUUUAAGUAUCUUAAAAGUUCAACAUUCGUGUCAUGGACGAUUGAAAGACAUGAAGCAAAUGACGAUAAUAACCUUGCACAACCAAUAGCGUCGUUUUAUCACAAAGUAGUAGAUGAUCGUGCACGUGCUCGUGGUAAUGUUAAUAGAUAA